CAGAGGACUAACUGCAACUGUGCCAAAACAAAUGGAAGAAGCCUCACUAAGACCUCCUUUUGGAUUUGGUGGAGCCUGUGGGCUGUGAAUCUUGGAGGGAGGAAUCCGCCCCGCCUGCACGCACCCAAUCAGUUUUGCCUGUUUCCGGCGUCCCUUUUUCCGAUCGAGGCCAGGCCUUCCCCCUCCCUGGAUGCCCGUCGGAGAGGCGUGACCCUCUUUGCUUCUUCUGCUUCGUGAAAGAGAGAGAGAGCUGAUAGAGAGAUGUCGUGGUCUCUCUUUCAGAGGAGGAUCGCUCUCGCUCACUCAAGGAUCGAUAGUCUCAAUCGACUGUUCUCCCACUCUCCUCUUGGAUUGAGAGGAAUGAGGAAUGCGAGGAAUGGUCGAGUUUCGGAUUCGUUUCCGCCCGUGAGUGAUGGCAGGCAAUCGAUCAGUCAUAUUACGUAUGGAGGACUUCCGACUCGGUCGAUGGUCCGCUCGGGUUCUUCGUGCAUGGACGUCGCGUCAGUGAGGGCAUUGAUUUCCGGAAGAGAUCGCCGGUGGUACUCAGCUCGUUCGGAGGGGGUUUCUCGGUUUCGUGCGGCGAGGGAGGGUAGUCAAUCAAUGCUUCUGUAUCUGUUUGCUUUGGUUGUGGCGAUGGUGGGUUCGACGUAUGCAGCGGUUCCAUUGUACAGGAAGUUCUGCCAAGCCACUGGUUAUGGUGGAACUGUUCAGAGGAAAGAGACUGUUGAGGAGAAAAUUGCACGGCAUGCAGAGGAGGGAACUACCACUUCAAGGGUACUCACUGUUCAGUUCAAUGCAGAUGUUGCUGAUGGCAUGCCAUGGAAGUUUGUUCCGACACAACGAGAAGUAAGAGUUAGGCCAGGAGAAAGUGCCCUUGCUUUUUAUACUGCUGAAAAUCUAAGUUCGGCACCUAUAACUGGUGUCUCCACAUACAAUGUUACACCAAUGAAGGCUGCAAUUUACUUCAAUAAGAUCCAGUGCUUCUGCUUUGAGGAACAACGUCUUCUCCCAGGGGAGCAAAUUGACAUGCCUGUAUUUUUCUACAUUGAUCCUGAAUUUGAAGAAGAUCCAAAAAUGGAUGGCAUCAACAAUUUAAUAUUGUCGUAUACUUUCUUCAAAGUCAGUGAUUGACGAGAUUCUUAUCCUUUUGUCUUUUUGUUUUCAAUGUAAUAAUAUGCUGGUAAGGAAUUAUUCAAAGCAAAUAAUUUUGGGAAUGCAACUUGUCUUAUUGCUGUAACUUUUCUGGUGCAACUUUUUGUAUGCUGAGGUCCUACGUGGACAGUUCGUUGUGUAUUGGAGGUGGAAUAUAUUAAGGUAUUGGAUGAUUA